AUGGACCUCGACUGUCUGGAGAGUACCGACCAGGCUUUUCAGGGUGAUGCCGGCCUGUCCUUCACCGAGUUCCAUGAUUUUGGCCUUUGGCCAAUGGACUUCUCCACAGCUACAGUACUUGGGCCAGAUGCAGAGUCAAGGCUAGGCCGAAACCCAGAAGAAUGCCUCACACCAGACUUGGGGGCAUUCCUGGACGUGCAGCAUGUACAGUCUGUUCCCAAUGAGCCGUUAGGAAGAAUGACGGACUACGCUACACAGCUUAUAGCGCAUUGGUUCCACGAGGUCUGUCCAGCGUGGUCUGGAUUCGAUUCCAUCAAAAAUAUGAAUAGAAAACUUGCCGAAGACCUGUGGCAUAGUUCCUCCGCCGUCUUCAAUUCACUUCAAAGCAUGUCGGCUAGUUUCCUCGCUGCCAGGCUACCGCAAAUGAGACCUACCGCCUUCCGUUUAUUGAAAACGGCAACAUUGUGCAUUCAAGCAGAAGUAGAAGAGCUAAAAGGCAAGGCGCACCUCGAUACAGCACCAAUCGGAGUAAUUUACUCGUUACUCUGUCUGGGAACUACAAUCUGCUGGUUAGACGCUCGUCGGGUCGGCUGGCCAUUUCUUCAAGACGCAAAGAGUUUACUUGGACGGACCAUGCAGCAGGACCGCCACUUGUCGGAGGGAGACGCUAACAUACUCGACUUUUUCAGCAAAAGCCUGGUAUACUGGGAGAUGCUAAUCUCUUUCAUAUAUGAUCCGGAGCCAGGACUUGCUCAGCCGAAUCUUGUUGGGGCAUCCAAUUUUGAUUCGAUACCCCAUCCAUGGACCGGAAUCUCAUCGUUUACCUCCCGUCUCUUUACACAAUCAAUGAGCGUGUGUCGAACCUACCGAUCUCGGAAUUCGCUGUCAUGUAUAGGGGGAACCGGUCAACCACCUGCUAGGGAAGUUGGGGAGGCAGAAGAAUUGGAGAAGCAUCUUUUACAACUGCAGUUAUCGCCAAGCCCCUUAAUCGAGGAUACAGGCGACCACCGUACCCCCUAUUUCCAUCUUUUACACGUGGCUGAGGCCUAUCAACUUGCUUCGUUACUCCAAUUAUACAUCACAUUUCCCGACUUGGUUUCUUCACGAGUGCCUCGAGAGCACCAUCACUCAUAUGAAGGGAAUGCCAUGUGGUACAAAUGGAUUGUGCCCCUGGCUUUGCGACUUACAGAAGUAUUAGAGCGAGUUCCGCCCGACUCAGGAAGCCUAGUUAUUCAGCCAUUACUUUAUGUCUGUGCCGCCACUGGGCUUCGGUGCGACACUGUUCCGAAGCCAGGCAAAUACCAAGACGGUGUUAAAGAAUCGGGCAGGCCUUCAAGACCAAUGGAGUGCAUUUUGGAUUACGUCAGUUUACUUGAUAGGCCUGCUGAAAACCACGAACGAGAAGAAUACUUGGUUACGCAGCUAGCCCUAAACGUCAGCCAAGCCCGCAAUUUCAUCAUGAGACGGAUUAGCGUCUUGAAGGACAAUCUACACCCUGUGCCGGUCCGGGUCACUGAAAAACUUGUCAAGGCUGUUUGGACUGCCUAUGAUGAAGAGCCUCAGGGCUGUGUGAGCGUUCACUGGCUUGAUGUAAUGGAACAGAAGGAUCUCCGAACGCUGUUUGGUUAG